AUGACAGCGAAACUACCUGAGACACAAUAUGAUUCCGAAGCUAGUCAUAAUGUUGAUUUGGUGGUACCAAAAACCCACAACGUCGUAGUUGCCAAUUAUGCAUUUACCCCGAAGAUUUUAACAAUUAAGAGUGGCGAUACAGUUAAAUGGAUCAAUAAAGAUUUUGUCAACGGAAUUAGACAUACAGUCACGCGAGCUGUUGAUGGUAAAUCUUGUAAAACAAGAAAAGCUGGUACAAAUAACUUCGACAUCGAUCCAUUGCAGGGCACUUUAUCCAAAACAUUUACAAAAGCUGAGAUUAUUUAUUAUUAUUGUAUACCUCAUUGUGCACGUUUCGGUCAUAAGGGCUCGAUUAUUGUAAAAUCGAAAUAA